GCAGGCUCUAGCUUGUGGCUGUCCAACGGGCCUUCGAACGUGAAAACGGCAAACCAGACCAAUACGUCCAGGAUGUCUUUCAAAACUCGACGAACUUCAUGAUUAUUUGUUUCAAUUACGAACAGUUUAAUCUAUUCAAGUCACUACAAGCUUGUAUUAUAGAUAUGAACUAUAAGCAUCAGAUCGACCGCCAAGAUCGACAGGUUAUUUGGGCCGUGUAUGAUAAGGGAAUCCGCAGGAAUGUUGCUCUGGUUCGAGUAAUAACAAACUCUGAUUCGAUAAAGAUGUAUCAUUGUUUCAUCAGGUCUUUCGAAUUAUGAGGGAAAAGUUUAACUACGAGAUCUCUUGGGCAUUCGAUCAAAAGCCAGG